CGAAUCUUUUGCUGAGUAUGACCUGAACGAUUUCAUGGCACUGACUGGUUUUGAAGUUGUUGUGAAAGAUGUGCGCUCUAUAUACUAUCCAUAAUGAGAUGCCCAAAAGGAUAUGGCCUCGUUUUCUGCUCGACUGGGCUGAAUCAGGACUACUGACUGGCCGGGCGAGUGCGAUACCACGAGAAGCGAAUUCACCGAGCGGAUGUGGAUGAAGCCUGAAUGACCCUCUAGCUAACUUACUCAUGGAAAAAAUCUGUAAACUUCAGUGCCAAAUCCCCUUUGCCUCAACGGAUUGAAAAUUCGUCGGUUAAGUGGUUGACAAUCGCUGCUUUAGGUUAUAUAACCAUGUUUGAAAGUAACAACAACAAAAAAUCCAUUGCGCAUCUGACUGCAUCAAAACAGGAGGGCAGAUGUUACACAAAGGAGCUGAAUGUAUCAUCUGCCCUCUCAUACACGCUCUCUUUCUCUCUUAGCAUUUGGCUGAUGCAUCAAUUGUGUUGCAUGUACUCUUGUUGGAGUAUUCUAACUAGAAUGACUGUUCUCCCUAAAUCAUGAGCUGGUGAAAACUGCUCAUCUUUGCCACUACUACGCAUUCGGAGCGGUAACGUUAUCAUUAUGAAAAACAGUAAUUACAAUGUAAUAACCUCGGGAACCUAAGUCAUGAGCGGGUGGAAACUGCUCAUCUUUGCCACUACGCCUUCAGAGAGAACUCUCCGCUCUUCCACUACCUGCAUGAUCUAGGACACACAGACUUUGAGUCAUGUCCCACAGUGUCUCAGGAGGACGAAUGUGGAGGAGGAGAGGUGACUACGACCUCCCUCCAGGACAGCUUGUCCAAACCCACAGGAGGACGUCUACGGAGAUUGGCUGAUGCCUUGUGGAGGCGGAGCCCGUUCCACCAGGCUGCCUCGGCCCAUAUGCUGGAGCAGCAGCUGGACUGUGUGUUUGGCCAGUACGCGGUGCGGUGUAUCCUGGACCAGGAUGUGUUGCUCCAGGAGGAUGUGGAGCUGAUCGAGCUGUUAGACCCCAGCCUGCUCACCCUGGGCGCCUCGCCCUCCGGCUCACCCAGACGAGACAACUCCCUGCCCUGCCCGCGCCUCCUCGCCUCACCCUCGCAGUGGGACGUAGCAGUGCUGGUGGGCCUGGCUGCAGUGUUACUAGGCCUGUCCUCUCUCUCUGCUGGGGCCUGGUCUCUGGCUGUGAUCCCGUGGUGUGCAGCAGUCAUGGGCUGGGUGGGUCUGCGAGGGGCGGGGCUGUGGAGACAGGGGAGGAUGCAGAGAGCAGCACACACCCAGGCCUCCGAGCUGCAGACCAUGGCGCUGAACAGUAAGGCUCUGACCAGCCUGGCCCGCAAGUCCCUGAGACUACUACAGGAGACAGAGGUCAUCUCUCGAGGGUUCACCCUUCUGCUCGACAGGGUGAGUGCGGCCAGCUCCUUUAGUAGGGCGGGGCUGGGGCCACGGGGGCAGCAGCUGAUUGGCCUGCGGAAGGCGGUGUACCGGGCACUCCGCUCGGCCUUCAGAGCCUCCCGCCGAGCCACCUGCCACAUGCUCAAAGCGUACCCCCUGAACUCUGAGAUCGACAAUGUGACCAACUACGUGUCUGCGGUGCCUUUGAAGGAGCUGGGGAUGGGCCUGGGGACAGAGCACCUGACUGACGAGGAGGCACAGGAGCUCACCGAUGACUACAGCCUCCCUGCCCUCAAGGUGCUGUUCCAGUUGUGGGUGGGGCAGAGCUCAGAAUGUUUCCGCCGAUUGGCCCUGCUGCUGUCACCACGACGACUGGAGGAGCCCAGGGAAGAUUGGGUCAAAGGUGGAACCCCUCCUCUGCCCAUACACCGCUCUGUUGCCACGGUGACACAGCCUCUCCACGGUGCCCUGGCCGGUUGCCUGGGCGACAUGCAGCGUAGCUACGAGUUCCACCGGUACUUUGAGACGCAGCGCCGGACGCAGGGCUCGGACAGGGUGGGGCGCGCUCAGCAGAAAUGCAGAGAGCUCAACACACUGCACACGUCUGUACGCAGCCUGCAGCUGCAUCUCAGGGCCCUGCUCAACGAGAUUAUUAUCCUGGAGGAUGACCUGGAGAAGCUGAUGGUGACGAAGGAGGCGGUGGAGGUGACUGUGGAGGGCUACCAGGACCUCCAGGAGCGUCUCGGCCACCUGCAGCCCCACAUGCAGGCCAGCGCCGGAUGCUGGGAGGACACUGUGGGCCAAGUGGAGCGCAUGCUGAGGAGAGCUAACACCUGCCCAGGAACUCCUGAUGGUCCAGAGCAGUGUCUCCCUCCUGUGCCAUGCACCCCUGCCCCAACCUACACCCUCAUCCUGGACAGGGACCCUGUGCCUGAGGAGCAGGAGCUGGAAGCGUACGUGUCGGACUCUGAGGAUGAGAAUGGGUGGGCGGGGUCGGUAGUUGACAUGCUGUCUCCCGAGGAACGAGAGCGCCACCGGCGGGAGAGGGAGGAGUCUCGGCGCGUCCUAUCGGAGCUCAAAGCUGUGCUGGGCCAGCGGGCAUCCGAGGGCGAGAGGAGGAAGUGGAAACAGCUGCUCUUCAACGACCAAGCGGCGGUGAUGCCUAUAGUUUCCGCGGAAACUUCUAUAGAAUCUCAGACACCCUCCGACUCAUUGGACACUCUGACACUUGUGGGCGUGGCCAAACCAGGUGUUGUUGAGGGAAACAACCUAUCGGAAAGGCUGAACGACGAGGAGGAGGAAGACUGGGUCGGGGACGAGCGCCCCCUCACAGAGGCAGAGGAAAAAGCACUUACAGAGUUCUGCUGUGGUGAGGCAGAGGAAAAGGGGGAGGAGGGUGAAGGUUCAGUCCCGGGCAGGGCGCAACUCUACCAAUAUGACGGGCUGCCGGACCAGGGGGCAGGACUAAACGGGCCCGACCUUCUAUUGCAGCCCCGGAUCCCCGCCAUCACGGUGAUGGACAGGCUGACGGAACUACACGGCUCGGCGGCGCUCAGCUUUAAUUCCGCCCUCGCCGCCCAGGUGGCGGCGCGUUCGCACACUUUCGCCAACAUGGAGGAGCAGACGUUUGGAGACAGCGGAGAAGAGGAUGAGGGAGAGAAGCGUUCGCUGCCUGAUGGACAGUCAUGUGAGAAGAACUAGAGUCUAAACCCUCCUGCUUUACGGCACUUUGAACAGAACAGUUAUGGACAGACAGCCAGGGUUCCUGUAUUUAUGUCUGAACUCACUCCUGGGUUAUUUACUGCGGCUGUCCGUUUCCUUGGAUCCAUGGCUCUCUGUCAUGUCUUCAUCUGUGUGUGUGUGCGUGCAUGAUUGGGUGAGAGAGCAUUGUGUGUAUGUGACGUGAGUGAGUUUUAAGAAGAGCACUACACUACACCACUUUCUGUUACACUCCUCCAUCCAUGUGUCCAUACUUUACCCACAAUCCCCCUGUGGCCACUCUCCUGUGCUACUCAGGUACAAGAACCACAAGACAAACUCUGACCUCACCGUCCACAAGGUCUUCAGUUUAACCCUAAGGAUCCCCUGUAGCUAUUGGAGGCAGAGAGACUUGGUUAUAGCAUCAAUUACAUUGUCUCUAACUAUUGACCAGUACCUUUCCGUGGUAUGUCAACAUUGGCUAACAGUUUAGCAUAUUGAUGUCUGAGUCCAAAAGCCUAAUUAGCUAAAUUAUUAUUAUACAUUUGACCACAUCACUCCCUAUAUGACUCCUGUCACACACCACACUGUAAAAGGGGAAGGAGAGGUAAAUUUCAAAGACAGCAGAGCAAAGCUAUUUUAUUGACCAUUGUUUUAUUUCUGGUCUGCCUCUCUGAUUCUGCACUUCUACACACUCCCCGCCUCACUAGGAAUGGCCCUAUAACUGCAAAGAUGUGUUGGCUAAAACAUCUGUCACUCAACCCACAGCAACCAAUGAGCAGACGGAGACGUCGGAGAGAAGGGUGGACAUAGUUGACCUUGUAAAAUGGACUAGCCUACCAGAUUUGGAAAUAUUUUUUACAUAUUGUGUGUUUUUAUUUGAGAGAUGAAUAUGGUCAGGCAGUGGAUUGCUGUGAAAUGAAAUUCAUCCCCAUCCACUAAUGAACCAAACACAUUCACAGUGCUUAUUUCCCCAAUGGUCUCGUCAAGUGCUCAUCUGAUGCAGGAUACAGGAUCAAUGAUGCCCCAAUGAAGAGGCCAUGAGGGGACGACAACUGGGUAAAUAUUGAGGGAAAGUGUUGUACUACCUCAUGCCACCCCUACUGCACCUACUAUGAAAUCUGUUUGGCGUGUGUCUAACUCCCCAUCUACUACAUGUAUCUCAGAUCUGAAUGGUCUGCUGUGUCAGAACGUUUUGGUUCUGUCUUGUGUACAUCUGAAAAUGUUUCCAUGGAGUUUGUACCACUGUAUCUGGGGUAGCAGGUAACCUAGUGGUUAGAGCGUUGGGUUACUGGAUCGAAUCCCUGAGCUGACGAGGUAAGAAAUCUGUCGUUCUGCCCCUGAAGAAGGCAGUUAAACCACUGUUCCCCGGUAAGCAGUCAUUGUAAAUAAGAAUUUGUUGUUAACUAACUUGCCUAGUUAAAGGUUACAUUUAAAAAAUACAAAUAAAUUCUCUAUCCCCGGUCUCUGCAUCUGUGUUUCCAUAAUACUCACUAGAAUGUGAUCCAACUCUAUUGGUUUGGGACAGUUUUACGGAGUGUCCUGGAAUGCUACUAUCAUUGAUUACAAUUAAUUAGAGUGAUGAUCAAAGGACAGCAUGUGCUUAUUGACUGCACAGAUGAUUCCACUUGUGUUUGUCCGAGGGUGUCUGCCCCCUCACCGUGUCUGCCUUGUCUUGCCUUCCAGCCCUCCCCAUAUGUCCACUUCCUGAAGUGAGUUCUGUCCCUCCUGCAUUUCAUUUGUAAAAUAAAAUGCUAUUCUGGA